AUGUAUUACCUAGGUCAGAAAGGUCUUAAGGCCGCCGACAGAACUGGAGCUAACCUCCAUACUAAGCGCGGAGGUGAACACACAGUUUAUACUUGCUCCAAAGGCUAUUCCUACAAAACUACAAAUGGGGAAUUCGCCAUCGCCCACCAAGCCGCAUGCGAUGGUAACCGAUAA